AUGCCAGCUUCACCAAGUGGAACAACUGUCGGUAAAGGCGAUUCAGGUAAAUCAGCAGGACCACGAACAACAGGUAGCGGUGCUGGUGUUCGUCAACGUAAAGCAACAACAACAACAGCUCGUAGUCGACCUGCUGCUGGCGGUGGUGCCAGCGCUGGUGUUUGGCGUUUCUAUACAGAAGAUUCACCAGGUCUUAAAGUCGGCCCCGUACCAGUUCUUGUAAUGAGUUUAAUUUUUAUUGCAAGUGUAUUCAUGUUACAUAUAUGGGGAAAAUAUACUAAAUAA